AUGAAGUCAAAAAAAAUAGUAUUGUUCUUUCUAUCGUUGUUGUCAACAUUUAAUGUGAGGGCAUUGAUUGUGGAUGUCAUAGCGACAUCGUGGUCCGAAGAAAUUAAUGUGUUGACCGGACGCUACAACUAUGGUGGAAACUAUAUCUGCCUACAUGGCAAAAAUGCGCUUAUUACCCAUUUAUGUAGAGGAAAUACGUGCUUAACAAAACUUAUGAGAAGAAGUAAAAACGUAUUUUAUACCAGAGUAGAACUAUUUAGACGCCAUGAAGAAACAUUUAUCAGGGUAGUAAUAGGUAUGAAAACAGGGGUAGAUACUGCAGCAUACCACGGGAGUAUUUACUUUUUAGAUGGCUUUUCAUUGAGAAAAAGAUGCAUGAAGAGUUUAAAUGACCACAUUGGAGGACUUGUACUGAUUAAUUUAGAUAUCGACAUGAACCCUGCCUUACACCCUAUGAUAGACUUAGAUAAGUGUGAAACUCCGUCAUUGGUUAAAUAUACCUAUAAAAUACGACGAAUCUUUAAUGUGCAAAGUAGAAACAAUUCAUAUCUCGUAGAUAAGAUCUAUUUCGGAAUAGGAUCGCUGAGCUUCAAAAACAUUAGACAAUUAGAUUUAGGUCAUAUAAUUAGAAUCGACAUAACAUGCAAGGAACUCUCAUUUGCAGUAUCAGACGCAGAAAUAGCUAUAGCAUGUGGUAAUAUGCCCAAUUUUUAUAUAGACAUACCAUCAUCAACCAGACUUAUGUUAAUGAGGAAAAACCAACAAGAUAUAAGCAUACCAGGAAAUGAUCAAAAUGAAACUGCGAUGAGGCGGAGUGAUCAUUCUAUAAAUAAUAUUUUGUAUGGGAACCAAGAAAACAGAGAAACUGACGGCAUGAAACCAGCAGAGCAAAUCCUCAUCUUUCAACCUGUUGACGUAUUAAGCGACUACAAACUUCGUGAUUUUAUAACCUACAUCAAUGAUAGCAAUACUAUCGCGUAUAAUUUAACUUCACUCGUGCAAGCACAUAGCAAAUUUAGAGAAUCAUCCAACAGUAUAUCUCAGAGCAUACAAAUGAAGGCGACUCUAGCUCAAAUCCAUGGAUAUUCUCCCCCUACAAAUUUUGUAGUUAGCGCAAAUAACGUGUCAUCGAUUUACUCAAGCAACAAAUCGAAUGAAGAUUGCGGAAAUAAUCUGAUUAAUGAAAAUGUUAGCACGACAGCAACAGAUAACAAUGAAAUAUCUAAAGAUAUACCAUCUGAUUCUCAUAUCCAAGAAGUACAUGUGGAAUUAUUUGGUCAAAAACCUACAGAAACGUCCGAUUCGGAUAAUGUAGACAAACCCGAGGCAACUACAUCAGCAGCUUCACCACAUCCAGAACCAAUUGAAGGUGGAUCAUCCAAUAUAGACCCUGGAGAAGGAACGUCUUUGUGUAUUGAUGUUCCUCAACAACCUGAAGGGUCAGCAUCAAUUAAUGAUCAGCAUGGUGAAGCAACGAUAGAAGAUGUUGGGAAGGAUAUGGAUAUUCUUCCCAAGAUGCCCGCACUCAUUAAAGUGGAUAAUAACAUGAUAACUCAGAUAAAUAAAACUGCCCUUAAAAGAUCAGUUGAUAACACCGUAGCAGGGUUUGUCUGUCCAUCUGGUCCAGCACCAAAAAUAAAUAAAGCCAUUAACUUAAGCAGCGAAGGAAAGGAAACCACAACGUUACAGGAACCUUUGCCAUCAACUAGCAGAAGCAUACAAACGCCAAACCAUUCACCAUCUGAUAUAAAUGUAGAAGACAGUGAUUGUGAGGUUAUCCAAGACAACCUAACCAAUGCCCAAACUACAAGGCACACAAAUAAUGUGACACUACCAACGACUCCAAUCGCAGGACAAUGUUAUGUAGAUGUAUCAUAUUUAAUGAAAUUAAAUUUUUUGAAGAUGGGGAGUAAUCUUUAUAGGUUGUGCCCGGUUUUAAACUGCCCAUUGAGCAUAACGAUAUCCAUUAAAGAAGGAAAUCUUGGUGAUUCGUUGUCACAAUCAAUUAUGAUUAAACACAAGAAUACACCCAUGGGUCAACAUACAACUUUUUCAGUAAAAACAGAACAUAUCACUUCUUUCAGAAUCACAAGUGUAGCUGAUUGGAGAUCGAGUAACCCGAUUAUAUUCUUCGAACACCCAGACGCAAUACUUACAGUUGUUGAAUCCUUCAGAUUCAAAAUAGAUUUGAUGCACUACGUCAUGACCCAUUCGGUUCUCAUCCAUAAUGGCCUCCCUUGUACUAUUAAAGGGCUGUAUCGAGAGUCAUAUAUCAAUGGGAGCACUGUCUAUGUUAAGAUGGACGAAAACACAGAAAACGUCAUCUUGCAAAUGGAUAGCGUGAGAUUUAUGUGAUCAAGAAAGUAUUUGCAGGUAUACCUAAAGUACUAACCACCUCUUAUCUAAUGACUAUUUCCCAUGCACGU